ACGUCGUUUUCUGGGUUUCCUUUCUUUUCUUUGCGAGAAGGUCUCCGCUAAAUCAUGGCGAACGUUGCUGAUACAAAAUUGUAUGAUAUUCUUGGGUUGUCUUCUAAUGCGUCAGAUAACGAACUUAAGAAGGCUUAUAGAAAAUUAGCAAAGGAGUAUCAUCCGGACAAAAACCCAAAUGCAGGAGACAGGUUUAAGGAAAUAAGCUUUGCUUAUGAAGUACUUUCUAACCCUGAGAAAAGAGAGCUGUAUGACCGUUAUGGGGAACAAGGUCUGCGAGAAGGUUGCGGAGGUGGUGGAGGAAUGGAUGAUAUAUUCUCUCACAUUUUUGGUGGAGGUUUGUUUGGAUUUAUGGGUGGUCAAAGCAGGAACCGCAAUGGAAGACGCAGGGGUGAAGAUAUGGUUCAUCCUCUGAAGGUAAACCUUGAAGAUCUAUAUAAUGGAAAAGCUACUAAACUACAGCUAAGCAAGAAUGUUCUCUGUGGCUCCUGUAAUGGUCAAGGAGGCAAACUGGGAGCUGUUCAGAAGUGUACAGCUUGCAGAGGUCGUGGUAUGCGCAUAAUGAUCAGACAAUUAGCACCAGGAAUGGUUCAGCAAAUGCAAUCUGUUUGCUCUGACUGCAAUGGCGAAGGAGAAGUAAUCAAUGAAAAGGAUCGCUGUAAAAAAUGUGAGGGCAAGAAAGUAGUCAAAGAAGUCAAAAUUCUGGAAGUUCAUAUAGACAAAGGAAUGAAACAUGGACAGAAGAUUACUUUUGGAGGAGAAGCUGAUCAGGCCCCUGGUGUGGAACCUGGAGACAUUGUGCUUGUACUUCAAGAAAAGGAACAUGAGACAUUUAAGAGAGAAGGCAACGAUUUGCACAUGACCCACAAGAUUGGCCUAGUCGAAGCACUUUGUGGAUUCCAUUUCACUUUAAAACAUCUAGAUGGGCGGCAAAUUGUUGUUCGGUAUCCUCCCGGCAAGGUUAUUGAGCCAGGUUCUGUUAGAGUUGUGCGAGGUGAAGGAAUGCCCCAGUAUCGUAACCCAUUUGAAAAAGGUGACCUUUAUAUCAAGUUUGAUGUACAGUUCCCAGAGAACAACUGGAUUAGUCCUGAAAAAUUAACAGAGCUGGAGGACCUUCUCCCAGUUAGAGCAGAGGCUCCCAAUAUAGCUGCAGAUGCAGAAGAGGUAGACCUUCAGGAAUAUGACAUUGGCCAUGGUUCUGCUGGUGGACAGAGACGCGAGGCCUAUAAUGAUAGCUCUGACGAAGAAAGCGGACAUCAUGGUCCAGGUGUUCAGUGUGCCCACCAGUAAACACUUGAGAAAAUUAAGUUGCACAAGGGUUAGAUAAUGAAUUUGUUUGGAUUGGGUUUUAUUCAACCAGUCUGGAUCUCAAGACAACCUAGAUUGGAACAAACGGACAUUCUGUUCCCUUGCUCUCGGUGUAACUUAUAUUUUGUCAUAGUAUUUACAAAGAUAAUCUAAACUAACAAUAAAUGCAGAAAUUUUGCCUCAGUUGCUCAACUUUGUCAAAGAAGCUUAUGUAGGGGAGAGGGGUUGGGGGAUUGGGUACCCUUCACCUUUUUUAAGUUUGUGCAUUUUAAAUUUUCACAUUUUAAAAUUCCAGUUUGUGCUUUUUUUUUAUUGGCCACAACUAAAUUCUAAUGUUGCCAAAACAGUUCCCAAAUGAGGACUUUGUGUAAAGUGUAUUAGAAAAUGCUAUUUUUUUUUGUUUUGUUUUGUUUCCCACAGACCCCCAGUACAAUUCUGUCUGUCAGCACUAUUGGUCAGACUUCAGUAAAAGUGCAUCACACACAUAUUAAAAGCGUAAUUCUGAACUAAAGAGCUAAAUAAAUGAUUUCAUUGACUGCUAAAUUAAAAAGUAGUGAUUGUUAUUUCCAAUAAAGGUUGUUCCUUGGUCUGCAUCACACAAACGGUUUUAGAGGAUAACCAUAUUGAACUUAUUUUUUGUAGUCAUUUUAUUAAGAGAAUUUCUUUGCAUUUUUGUUGGGCUUUUUUCUGUUCAUUGAUUCAAGUGAGAAAAUAUUUUAAAGAUAACUUUAAAUAUCAAUCUGGUGGGUUCAGGUAAUAUCCUCUGAAGAUUCCCCUCUUCCACAUGAGCUUACUUUUGACAGAGUUACAAAAAGUUUAAAUGUUAUCUGAGAAAUCUACAGGUUAUUCUGCAUCUUCAAGACCUAGAAGCUUGUUCUGUCAAUCUUGUAUUUUAUCAGUUUUGUGUCGCUGCACCUGUUUGUUCAUGUUUACUUACUGUAAAAUAAACAAAUGCCUCUGAGAACGUGU